CAGGUUUGUCCCCAGGCGUGGCUUGGCCUUGACCCUGUGUAUUCACUCACCUCUUUGUUCUUAUAAGUCUCCCGCCUGCCUCCACGGCCCGUCAGUCCUGGUCACCUACACCAUGUUGGGUGUCACAGUCCUCGCCGCGAUCCUGGCCUGUGCUGCCAGCUGCGGAGUCCCCACCUUCCCACCCAACCUCUCAGCCAGGGUGGUAGGAGGAGAUGACGCUGUUCCCCACAGCUGGCCCUGGCAGGUCUCUCUUCAGUACCUCAAGGACGACAGAUGGGGGCACACGUGUGGAGGCACUUUGAUCGCCGACAACUUCGUCCUGACAGCUGCCCACUGCAUCAAUGAUGCCCUGACUUACCGCGUGGGCUUGGGGAAGAACAACCUGACAGUGGAGGACGAGGAAGGCGCCCUGUACGUGGGGGUGGACACCAUCUACGUCCAUGAGAAGUGGAACCCCCUCCUGGUACACAACGACAUUGCCCUCAUCAAGCUGGCAGAGCCUGUGGAGCUGAGUGACACCAUCCAGGUGGCCUGUCUCCCAGAGGAAGGUUCCGUGCUGCCUCAGGACUACCCCUGCUACGUCACCGGCUGGGGUCGCCUCUGGACCAACGGCCCCAUUUCUGAGGUGCUCCAGCAGGGUCUGCAGCCCGUUGUGAGCCACGCCACGUGCUCCAGGUUGGACUGGUGGUUCAUCCGGGUGAAGAAAACAAUGGUGUGCGCCGGAGGAGACGGUGUCACCUCCGCCUGCAACGGGGACUCCGGAGGCCCACUGAACUGCCAGGCUGAGAACGGCUCCUGGGAGGUGCGUGGUGUGGUGAGCUUUGGCUCUGCCAGUGGGUGCAACACUCGCAAGAAGCCCACAGUAUUCACCAGGGUGUCCUCCUACAUUGACUGGAUCAACGAGAAAAUGCAGCUGUGAUGCGAGGAUCUCUUGGAGCCUGGCAGCCCAUCCCUGCAACAGUAAUAAACAAACCUCCUUCCCUGA